UAGCACUGAUGCAAGCUAUUUCCCGUCGUGAGAGACAAAACAAGAGUCUGAGCUCGUUGGCAAGUUGCCACUCCAAAUGUGACAUGAUCUCAUCAAUCCAUCGAUCUUCGUGGCUCUGCUCUUUUUUCCAAGCCAAAUCGCCAUGAUUGCGUCUUCAGCGGACACUUCAUGGAAUCCCCAUCUCGCACCCCAUCCACCAGAAGGAUCCUCGUCAUCGGCGGCGGAGUCAGCGGCCUCGUAACUCUACGCAAUCUCCUUGAGCGGGGCGACUUCGACGAAGUAUCGUUGGUCGAGAGGCGGGAUGACAUCGGAGGGGUAUGGUACCUCGAUGACACUCCCCAUGCCCGCUUUCAAUCACCUGCAUACCCUGGACUCGUCGGCAACGUUCUCCCUGUCUACCUCUCCUUCUCCGGGCACCCAUUCCCGGAAACCGCUUCCGAAGUCCAUCCCUAUCCGACACUUGCGGACACGCACGCGUAUCUGCGCCGUUUCGCCGCACCAUUGAUCGAUGCGGGCCGGAUACGUCUUAAGACAGAGGUUGUGUGGGUUGAUCAGGUGGAGGAGGGUGAUAGCUGGGAUGUCACACUGUCCACGGGUGUAGUCGAGAGAUGGGACGCAGUGGUCGUUUGCACUGCGUGGUACGACUUUCCCGUGUGGCCGGACACGCCUGGACUCCAGGAUGCGAGGGACGCUGGGCUGGCCGUGCACGCCAAAGAUUGGAUGGGUCCCACUGCCUUUGCCGGUAAGCGUGUCGUCGUUGUUGGCAACGCUAACUCCGCGAACGACAUCGCUGCACAGCUGAAAAGCGUCGCAUGCUCGCCCAUCUACCGCUCCAUCCGCCGUCCCACCCAGCGCCGAUUCGCCUUCCUCUCAGAUUCCAGAGUUGAGGAUGUGAGCGCGGUCGCCCGAUACAAUGUCACUAAUGACGGGAACAAGCUGGAUAUCGAGCUCAUCGACGGUCGCGUUCUUGCAAAUAUCGACGCCGUAUUCUUGGGGACAGGAUACAGCCCAGCUAGUGCACCUUUUGUCCGUGUCCUCGAUGAUCGACGGCAGCUAGUCCCGCUCACCUCUUCGGCCACGGAUCCGCCCCGAAUCCCAUCACUCUACAACCACAUCCUUUACGCACCGAGGCCGUCGCUCGCGUUCAUUGGGACCCUCAUGUCCUUCACGCCCUUUACGCUGAGCGACACAUCCAGCACAUGGCUUGCAUUGUUCUUUGCUGGGCGCCUUGCUCUCCCUGACGACCUGCUCGCCGGCGAGCGAGAGCGCGUGCAGUUCGUGCUGACAGGUCGCGGAGCAGCGGAUUCAUCGUCUUUCAUUGCGUAUCACGUUCUGGGUGCUUUUGAAUUGGACUACGCGCGAGGAUUGGUGCGCGACAUUGCACGGAUUGCACCGGAGUAUGCUAGCGUGUUGCCGACUUGGAGCGAUGAUGAGUGGGCCCAUAGAGAGGGCAUGUAUGAGCGCAAAUGGGUUAGCUUGGAGGCCCAGGCGAGACGAGAGUCAGAGACGUGAUUCGUUUCUAGGCCUGUCGUCCUGAUUGUCAUAUACAUAGAUCCAGUGUACGCGAAUGGAUGCUGUCUUGCAUUC